UCCGUGUCAUAGACUAUUAUAACCACGGAUAUUCUGUGCUAUAACCGUAAGCGGCACUAAACAGUGAUAAAGCGUAAAGCCCUCGUAUCUUCUUUCCAGUUCAUUCUAUUAUUUCUAUUUUCUAAUUUUCUUUCCAUAUCCAUUAUCCAGUUAGGCAGUGUCCUUAGACAUCUAGAAAAUUGAUAAGUCUUAAAGUCUAUGAUUCUAUCUAUCAUUGGACUAAACAUAAAAUUAAAUAUAGUCAAUUUAUUAUAAAUUUAUAAUAAUAACAGAUUAUAAUAUAUAGAAGCAACGACAGCAAAAACGGAAUACAUAUUGGUACAAAUUGUUUUUUGUUGAUUUAUAAUUAUUUAUUAUAAUCUGCAAUAGGCAUACAAAAGAAAUUAUAGGAACUGAAAAAACAAUUUCUCUUCAAAACUGUAUACCAAGCGGACAACAGCAAGAAACAUUAUCAUUGAAUAAAUCAAAAUUAAAUUAAUUAUUCACUAAUAUAGAUUUGAAAUAAUACAUAAUAAUAUAAUGAAAGAUUCAGUUAUGAUCCACGGAGCUGGUGGUAUCCCAGACAAGUCAUGGAAACCACAAUUUGGAAUUAUUGAAACUUCAAUGGGUCAGAUAACAAUUGAACUAUACUGGGAUCAUGCUCCAGAGACUUGUCGUAAUUUUGCAGAACUUUGUAGACGUGGUUAUUAUAAUAAUACAAAAUUUCAUAGAAUUAUUCGUAAUUUUAUGAUUCAAGGUGGUGAUCCUACUGGCACUGGUAGAGGAGGUACAUCAAUUUAUGGUACUCAUUUUGACGAUGAAAUUCAUGAUGAUCUUAGACACACAGGAGCAGGUAUUAUGUCUAUGGCUAAUUCAGGACCUAAUACAAAUGGUUCACAAUUUUUCAUUACAUUAGCACCAACUCAGUGGCUAGAUAAAAAACAUACAAUAUUUGGUCGUGUUCAUUCUGGUAUGAAUGUUGUCAAAAGAAUGGGUAUGGUAGAAACUGAUAAAAAUGAUAGACCUGUUGAUGAUGUAAAGAUAUUAAGAGGUGGAAUAAAUAUGUAAUCACAUAAUGAAUACAUCUCUAUCUACAAAACUUGACUAAAAUAUUACAAUGUAUUCCACAAUUACAAAAUACAAAUUAAUAACAUA